CUGUCCGCAGCCAGAGGCAUCUGGAACCGCUGCAAACCGGAUUACUUGUUUCUUUCUUUUCAUUCUUUAUUAUACGGGAAUUAAAACAGCAAUAACACGAGGUGGAUCAUGCGUCCACGCAGCGGCACUAAGCGUCUUCUUUCACUCACUGGAGGAAAACUUUGACUAGGAGCUGAGACGUUUGGAUUCUAAUUGGAAAUUUAGGUCGACCUUCAUUUUCUGAAGCUUUUAUAACCCAAACCAGGCUAUUCGUUUCCCGAGAAUAAGCAACAGAGGAAGUGUUUCAGCCCUCCGCAGAGUCCCAGCGAGAAAAUCACGGAGUGAUUUUUCCUCCUUUGGGCGCAAAGAUUUCUUAUUAUUUUCCAACAUAGAAGGGAGCCGAUCUGAGGGCAGACAGGAGCUAAAUGCGGCUGACUGGCGACCCUGUACCACCAACCAUGAACAGCGGCGGGUCUGGCAACUUUCUGCUGGUCCCCAUACCGGAGUACCCCCUGCUAGACUGCGUGCCCAACAAGACCGUGAAGAUCGUGGUGCUGGGAGCGAGCAGCGUCGGGAAAACCGCUUUAAUUGUCAGGUUUCUGACUAAGAGGUUCAUUGGGGAUUAUGAGGCAAACACAGGAGCACUCUACUCCAGAAAGGUCACCCUGGAUGGGGAGGAAGUGUCGCUUCAGAUCCAGGACACUCCCUGCGUUGCUCUCCAGGAUGAUGCUGAAGGCCUGUACUGCCAGGAGCAGAUCAACAGGUCAAUCUACUGGGCAGAUGGGUAUGUGCUGGUUUUCUCCAUCACCGACCACAACAGCUAUCGAACCAUCCAGCCUCUAUACCAGCAUGUGAGGCGCAUACACCCAUCAGGAAACAUACCAGUUAUACUGGUUGGUAACAAGAGUGACCUGCUCCGAGCCCGACAAGUGCCUGCAGAUGAAGGCGAGACAUUGGCAGCUUCACUGGGAGGGGUUUACUUUGAGGCCUCAGCCAGAGAGAACCACGAGGGAGUCCAUGCUGCCUUUCUUCAUCUCUGUCAGGAGGUGAUCCGAGCAUUGGGUGGAGGAAACGGGGAGAAAAGAAGAGGAGGCCUCCACCUGGCCAGACCCAAAUCUCCCAACAUGCAGGAGCUGAAGAGGAGGUUCAGGCAGGUCCUCUCCUCCAAAGUCAAAUCAGCCACAACUAUUUGAUCUCAGGAGGGGAUGGAAAAUGACGAGGAGGUACUGAAGAGAUGACCUCUGAGUUCAAGGUCUGAAGCCAUUCAUGACACGAAAAAGCACAGCUGAGCCACUCUGAAGUGAUCAAAGCAUUUCAAAGAGGACAUGGAGUCCUCAUCAGAUGGACAGAUGAAUGCGGGGACUGAAUGGAGCUCUCUGGCAGCACAGACUUUCUGGAAGAAACUCGCCAUCAGCAGGAUCCUCUGCCAGGACCUACAAGAACGCAGUGCAAAGCAGACAUGUUGAAAACUGAACCUUUCUCAUUAAAAACAGUGACCAUGUCAACAAAACUUCAGGACACGAGUACAGUUGAUAUCUUCUGUUUUUAAAGGUUGAAAAUCACUGAGAAUAUCAUGACAAACCUGAAUAAAAUAUACUGAAACAAUAAAGACUUUUAUGAAUUUA